UAAUAACUUUCCGAUCGUUGUCACAUCGGAUUUGUGUUUUGUAGAUACUAAUCUUUUUAAUUGGAGACAAUUCCGUUUCCCGAGCCUUUCUCUGGGGCAGCCGCGAAAAUGUCGCCGCUUGUCGCAAAUCCUCGCCGCUCAGCACGUCUAUACGAGCAGUUACCUUCCUCGGGGCGCGAGCUCCGGCUUCUCAUCGAGUCCCUUCCUCCAAACACUUCAACCGAUCAGCCUGUAAUGGGAAAUGAGGAUCAAGACGAUGAUUCUUCUUCAACGCGGCGUCGGCGAAGAAUGCGCGACGGAGAGGAAUCGUGGGGGAGGAAAACUAUCGCGUAUCGGCCAAGGAAAGUCAACAAGGGAUCCAACCAAGCAGCGGAAGGGGGUAUUGGCGUCCAACCAUGGCAGUUUGUGAAAAGUCUCUUGGAACGUCUACUCGGCGGUGCUUCAGAAAACGAAGCUCAUAACAGUAGCAGAGGGAAAAUGAAGCGAACAAAACCUGUUUUCCCUAAUGUCGAGGUGCCAAAUGACUCAGCAUCAGAAGAAGAAGUGGACGAACUUUCCGAAACGUCCUCUGUUUCUUCCUCAGCCGAGCCGAUCGUAUCUAACGCCGUCAAUACCACAAUUCUCUCAAUCACCAUUCCACAUGGGCUUCAACUUAAUCGUCACAUUCCAUAUCCGAAGCCCAUAAUUCGGAACGUUUUGUACAUCCCGGCGGCAAACACAAGCGAAAUGUUUGUCGUAUUGGAGGACGUGGCCGUGACAGUGUGGCGUGGAGGAGCACGGAUCAGAAAGGAAGAGUGGACAUGGGUCAAGGCUGGUGUGAUUGGAUGGUGCUGGAUCCAAAAGCGCAGAUGCUUUGUUGUGGCGGUUGCAGACAUGACAUUGAGGGUAUUGGAUCAUCAUUUUGAGGAGCUCUCUGUUAUUUCCAAUUCCAAACCAAUUUUAUUCUUAGAUUGGAUUCCAGAAAAGGAUGAACUGGUGACUGGCGAAGUGGGGAAUAUAAAAUUCUGGACACUGGAAUACUCAACAGCAAAUCAUCGUGAUAUAUACACCCCGACGCCUCGUUUUGUCACCACCGAUCUGUCUGACGAAGAGUGGGUAUCCUACGUUUUGUACGAUAGGACCUUGGAUAGAUGCUUUGCGGCAGUGGAUACCAGCAUAUAUGUAUACGAUUGGAACACAGGAGAACGCUUAGAAAGGUUGACGGAUAUCCAUGAUAUGUCCAUCACCUGCUUGGCAUACUACGAACCUGGAGAUGUAUUGAUCACAGGCAGUAAAGACGGAAAGAUUAAAAUUUGGAGCCCGCAGUUUCUCCUUCUUCAUACUUUCGCCCACCUCUCGAACGUUACCGCACUACUUCUCAUUGAAACGGGUGCCGAAGCUACCUGGGGUACCGUUCCCAUUGUAAUGAGUACUUCAACUGACGGCACGAUUCGAAUGUGGGAUUUCGACAUUGGAGUCUGCCUGUAUCGACUUGAUGUACAUGGUCAGGGUCAAGGGGAAGGACUCCUGGGAAUGAAGUGGGUAAAAAAGGAUUUGUUUUGGGUUUGGGGACGGAGGGGAGUUAGCGUCUGGGCGCUGAAUCGGUACCAUUCCACGUUCACGUACCUUCGAACGCGGCCGAAAAUAAUCCGUCGUUUGGUGCAUCCACGGCUACCACCACGUAUAUUGACCGCAUGUGAGGAUGGCAGUGUUAAGCUGAUCAGUCCCGUCACUGGCCAUGUACUUGUGACCUCCUUUCCUGUGCACAAGGACGUGGGAAUCACGGAUGUGGUGGGAGAUCUUGAUGGAAAAAAGGUAUAUACGUUCAUGACAAACGGAGAUGUAGUGGUAUAUGAUGUGGCUGUCAACCCAGGUGUGAUCGUUGGAGUUUGGGAGGAUAUAGCACCUCGCGACCGUGCGACAUGUAUCACAGGACUCGAUUUCUAUAAUCAUCCUAAGACGUUGACUGCGUCACCUGGAUUUCGAAAGUUGUUUUACCUGGGCAUAGGAUUGGAAAGUGGAGGGAUAGGAUGGAUUGGCGAAGGGGGAUUGCAGGAGGGCAGUGUGCAGGCACACAUUGCAGAAGUUACAUUAGUUCGCUUUGAUCCACAAAAUCUCCACCUUAUUUCGAUCGGGAAGGAUAACACGAUCAAAAUAUGGUAUAUAACACUUACUCCACCUUGCACAGUGACCAUCAGCCUCCUGCACACCCUUUCCACGCCCCUUCAUUCUCCGACAACACUUGCUAUAGCCCCCGAACGAAUGUUGCUCGGGUUACAUAUUGGAGGGGCAGUAACCACAUGGAAGUAUGACGCAGAUGUGCCGAUAAAGGGCAAAUGGGGCGAAGGCAUCUCGGAUAUGGAUUGGUGCGCUGAGCUGGGAAUAUGGGCAACAGCCGAGCGUGGAGGGGUUGUGCGGAUUUGGGAUGAAGGCGGCUUGGUUCGAGAGAUCCAGUUCAACGAGGCAAUUCCGUCCAUUACUUUUGCCAAUGCUCGCGGAGACCUUCUUGUCUCUCUCUCCGACCAAAUAACUCUUGUUCGCAUGCAAGACUACCUUCCGCAUUCGUACCUGAAGCGUGCGGCACAUAUGGACUUCAUUGAUGAUCCACAAGAAACACCCCUUCCUUUUGACACGUCUGUGGAUUUUUGGGAGCGUGUGUAUGAGAAGGACAUGAGGGAGAAGGGAGAGAUCGGGUUAUGGCACGUCAAAAAGGACGCUCGUCGUCGGAUUGAAGCUCCGGAUGAGUCAGGAGUCAUAUCUGACAUGUGGAAAGCGCUGGAAGAACGUCGGCUGAUCGCGCAACAGCGCCGCAACCGCCGAAUUUUCCUUGAACAAGAGCACCAUGCGUUUCUCAAUGCUCCUCGUUUUGAGAGAUCCGGUAUCUCACCGCAAAAAGCGACGAAAGAAGUUGAAAUUGAAACCGAUGAUGACGAUCAAGAUUUUGUAAUUGUCAGACAGGUGCCAAGCCUAGAGGAACUGGUGGACAUUAUCCGACCAGAAUCACCCACAGAAAAUGUGGUGCCCGUAAAAGAUGUCCCGCCGUCCGUGGAGCAUAUUCUAUCAGAAGUUAUUGUGCCAGAAACAAGAAAACGGCCCAUCAAGUCGUCGGAAAGACGCCCCAAGGCGGCGAAACGGCGGGGUUCCGCAAUCCUUCGAGCUCCUAAUCAACCGGUGGAACCAACUCCAAAGGAGACCAUCGAAGCCCGUCGUAUGAGCAUCCGCAAAAAAUUACAAUUCCAGGGAGUUGCAAUGCCAAACAGCACCUUGGUUGAGGAAGUCGGUAAGAUGCGACGAACGUCCAUCAUGUUUCGGAGAGGUUCCGUGAAACCUCCAACAGUUCCUGCAACUGUAAAGUAUGUUGUACCAGCAUCGCGCACCCGUGUGCAGAGAAAGAAAGUGGACGACCCAUUUAAGGAUUAUGAGAACCAAAAGCGGAAUAUAAACAUUGGGGACUUGAUCAAAGUGCAGGAAGAAUUAUUCGAACAAGAUCGCAUGUUGCUAGGUGAAUUGGAAGAAGAGGAUCAUGAAGUGGACGAAGUACCUCCCCCACCUUCUCCACCAAUGUUCGAGCCGGCGGUUGUGAAAGAACGUGUGCGCCGGAAGCGAAAGCAAAAGAAGAAAGCGAAGCCAAAAUCACAAGUCAAGGUUGUUCUUCCGUCACCUCCGUCCCCGCCACCCGCUCCAAAAAUAAAGCUAAGAGAACCCAAGCCGCCCAAAAUCACCCCACCUCCCAAGCGCAUGGCAACCGUUACCGAGUAUGAACCGAUUCUUCCCAAGGUUGUCGCAAUACCGCAAUCGCCGAGGCAAUUAACCUUGAAAAAGCCGGCUACACCACCAGCUCCUGCACGUCCAAAAUCCCGUCCGCCAUCCGCACCAGCCCAGCCUAAGCCUCAACUUCCGAGAUCAAAACCCCAACCUGUGUCAGUAGACUUCCCUGAACCAUGGUUUGCAAAGCGUGACGAAGAACCACAGCCCAUUCAAGAGGAAAAUGCGCUGGUUGUGGAGGAGAUUGGAAUGGAAGAUAGAUCAGAAGAGCCUCUUCCUUUAGUCCGGCUGAGUCAAGUAAAAGAAAGUGAAGCAGCGAAUUUUAGUUGGAACAUGAUUAGAGCGAGGGAAUUUGCGGAUGAGGAUAUUCCUGAAGGACUAAGGAGAUUAAUGGGGAUGUUCUGGUUUCCUCACUUAAAGGGCAAACAAGUAACCUUGCCGAAUAUAGUGGCGGCUCUUGUUGAUCUCCUUAAAACCGGUCUUUGGCUUGAGAAAGUGGAAGCAUCAAAAGCUCUCUUGUUUCUGUAUCACACCUUCUCUUCGGACUUCCUAGAUCCCAUGGCCGUUUUGAUCAGACCCCAAUUGGAGUGUCUAUGGGAUGAGAACUGGCAGGUGCGAGCGCAACUCUGUUCAAAUAUCUCACAAUACGGCAUUGUUCAUCAGGAUAUUCUGAUGGGAUUGAUUGUGAGGCUGGGCGAUGAGAACGAACAUGUUCGCACAACAGCGAUGACCGGUUUGUUGCACUUCGGUGUAAACAACAAGGAGGACCUGCGAUCCGCGAUGAUGAAAUGCGGAAUGUUGCCUACCGUGGAUCAUCCCAGCGAUGAUACGCAGUUAGAAGAAAUGAUUGUUCAAACAAAUCUUGAAAUUCUCGAGUCUCAGACAAAGAAUCAUGACAAUGUUCAAAAUUGGCUCAACUCUGUUCCACGGGUGGCUGCACAAAAGCCUUCGGUUACGUCGAUUACCAUCGAUGUCCGACGCGAUAGUUACUAUGAACACCUAGCAGGCCCCUUCUUUCCAGCGGAUGCUAAUGCACGGCAUUUGGCACGAUCAGAAGCCCAAGAAGCACGCGCAAGACGGGCGAUGAUGCUGUCGCACGCUCGUUCCAGUCAAGGGUUAACGGUGGAAGAUUUUGAAUAUAUGGACUUGGAUGGCGUUGAGGAGGGAUGGGAUACCAGCAGCGGCGUACUUGGUCAACUACAUUUGGGCAGGACUGGAUCCCCAGGCAUGCAGGACGGCCGGCCCGGAAGCGUGAGUCGCGCAGCGGAGCCAACGGCCGGAGCGCCAACCGGGAAUCGCAAAAAAAGACCCCUCAUGCGGUCCGCGAUCCAUAAUAUGCGGCCUCUGACGGCUGGUUCGAUAUAUGCACAAGGGGGACCAAAAGGUCUCGUAGCCGUGGUCCAGCCAACUGUUAAACCCGUUGCAGAAGACGUUACCGGAACAGGCCGCCCAGCAACUGCUCCUAUAUAUGGUGAGGUGCCAGCGAUUACAAGCGGAAGAAACAUCAGAUCUGCUGGCGUGGUGGUAUCACCGGAAAAACCAUGGCCUAAAAUUCUUAGGAGUACAUUUCCUCCUGUGGAUCCAGAGUUACAUGACAGACCGUUCAGGGCGUGAGCAGGUUUCUAAACCUGCUUUCCACUUGAUGCUUGGGCACGAACAUCUUCGGUAACCGUGGGGAAGACAUUUUGUGUUUGUAUAUAGCUUGGAACUAAAGAUUUAGCAUUAUGUUGAAUGACAUUCUUGGGCACUACCAGAUCUUGGACCAUCUUAAAUGAUAUUCUUUAGACAGUUGGAAACUGCCAGAUCUGUGUAGAACUUCAUCAUGCGGCCGCCGUCCUGUAUUUUCACCCUUGGUACGCCGGUAUAGUUAUAAACUAAUAAAGAUCUCCG